UUGGGAUUUUGAGGUGCAGUCCAAUUAUCAAUGCUAUUCAAUAUUAUCUGAUGAAAUUCACUUUGUUUUUUCAAGAAUGAACAACCUUAGCCUUGACAAUACCUUAACACCCAACCCCUUCUUCUCAGUUUCAUCUUUGCACCAUUCAAGAAUCUCAAAAUCCCUUUGUUUACCCAGAAAAGUUCUUGUUUUUGCUGAUAAAAAUGAUAAUUUAAACUCAAUAACUAGUGGGUUCUUGCCAAAAACUCAGUUUUCCUCCAAAAAAGUUACUGUUUUUGCUGGUAAAGAUGAUAGUUCAAACUCAAUAGCAAGUGGGGAUUUGUCAAGAACUCAUUUUUCCUCCAAAAAAUCCAAGAAAGCUGCUGUUUUUGCUUCUAAAGAUGAUAAUUCAAGCUCAAUAACAAGUGGGGUUUUGUCAAGAACUGUUUUUUUCUCCAGAAAGACAAAGAAAGUUACUGUUUUUGCUUCUAAGGAUGAUAGGAGUAGUAAUAAGCUUGACCAGUGGGACCAAAUGGAACUCAAGUUUGGUAGAUUAAUUGGUGAAGACCCAAAAUUGACCUUAGCUAAGAUAAUUAGUAGGAAAACAAACCCGGAGACAUCUUAUCUUGAAAUUGAAGAGUCAUUUGACAAGAAGAAGGGAAAAACGUCCGGUGAAAUUGUUGAGGUUCCAUUUGAUGCAUCCAAGGAAAAGAAAUCUCUCAAUUCAUCAAAUGGAUUAAAUUUGGUUCGCCCUGUGCCCAAGAAGGGUGUUACGUUCGAGGUUGAUGAAAAACCGCUAAAGAGUGAGGGUUAUAAACAAAGCCAACCAAUUUCAAGACCUGAAGUAAGUAGAAAAAGUAGUGUUCCAAAUGUCAUACUGCGGAAACCAAGUUUGUAUUCUGAGGAGGAUGAAUCAUCAAAAUUCAAAAUUAAGCCAAACUUGACGCUGAAAAUGGGCAAAGAACUGAAACCUGAGAAGUUUAGUGAUGUUGUAUUGUUGAAGAAGCCGGAGCCAGUGAGGAUCAGCUCCAAUGAUAGUGAAAAGAAUGGACAAUCAAGCGAUAAGUCUAGUGAUGUUACAUUGUUGAAGAGGCCGGAGCCGAUGAGAAUCAACUCUGACAAUAGUGAAAAGAAUGGACAAUCAAGCGAUGUCUUACCUGUAGCUAGUGAUGACACUGUAGAUGCUAGUCUGACAGAGGUGUAUGCAUCAACUAGUGAAUCCAAAAACAGCUUGCUUCUGAAUAAACCAGAGCCUGGUAAUUUAAAUCUAAAGAUAGAUCCAAAUCAAGAAUCUUCCGAGGAUCAGCAUACUAGUAUUUUGGAUGAAAGUACUUUGAACGCUGCUAAUUCUUCUUCUGAGCUUAUAAAUAUGGCAGAGAAUGAACUCUGCCAAAUGUUACAACCUAACAGAAGCAAUCCUCUUGAGAAGCAAGGCUCUGGGACAGGAUUCCAGCAGACUGAUACACAGCCUGCUGAAAGAAGUUCUGAUUCCAAUACACCUUCUAAGAUUGGACCCAUGGAAUCUUUGGAUUCUGCUCUUCUUGGAAAACCGAGAAGAUUAGACCAACCUAAAAAGGCAACAUCAAGUGUUAGUCAAGAGGAUAUACGUCCUGUCAAAUCUGAGGGCUAUAGAAAUGCUUCAGAGAUUGAAAACUUCCUGUCAAAAUCACCCAUUAAGGAACAUGAAGAUAAUGACUGGGUAAGAGCUGAAGAGCUUGUUAAGAGUGGAGGAAGAGAGGAUGUGGAACUAGUCAGCUGUAGCACCAGAGGCUUUGUUGUAUCUUUUGGUUCCUUGAUAGGAUUUUUGCCAUAUCGCAAUCUUGCUGCCAGGUGGAAAUUCUUAGCUUUUGAAUCUUGGUUGAGGCAAAAAGGCUUGGAUCCAUCCCAGUACAAGCAAGGUCUGGGGAUCAUUGGAGGCUAUGAUGGUUUUGGCAAGGCAGCUUCUCCUGAGGCAGGAGUAGAUUUGCAAAUUGCUAAAAAUGCCGAUGAGGAGAUCUCGCCAGAUAUGAAACUUGAAGAUCUUCUCAGAAUUUAUGACCAAGAGAAACUCAAGUUCCUAUCAUCAUUUGUUGGUCAGAGGAUCAGAGUAAGUGUGGUGUUGGCUGACAGAAAUUCCAGAAGGCUAAUAUUCUCGAUAAAGGCAAAAGAAAAGGAAGAAUUGGUCGAGAAGAAGAGGAGCCUUAUGGCAAAACUUCAGGUUGGGGACGUGGUAAAAUGUUGCAUACAAAAAAUUACCUAUUUUGGUAUAUUUGUCGAGGUUGAAGGCGUACCUGCGCUAAUUCACCAGACAGAAGUGUCAUGGGAUGCCACUUUAGACCCUGCGUCAUAUUUUAAAAUCGGUCAGAUUGUGGAGGCAAAGGUUCACCAGUUAGACUUUUCACUUGAGCGCAUCUUUUUGUCGUUGAAGGAAAUAACGCCAGAUCCCAUGAUGGAGGCCUUGGAAGCUGUAGUUGGUGAUCAUGAUAAUUUGAAUGGAGAACUCCAAGAAGUAGAGCUGGAUACCGAGUGGCCCGACGUGGAAUCUCUUAUCAAAGAAUUACAGCAGUUCGAGGGUAUCUCCUCUGUAUCAAAAGGGCGGUACUUCUUGAGCCCUGGUUUGGCUCCAACAUUUCAGGUUUAUAUGGCAUCCAUGUUUGAGAAUCAAUACAAGUUACUUGCUCGGUCGGGAAAUCGCGUACAAGAGGUGGUAGUGGAAACAUCAUUGAGUAAAGAGGAAAUGAAAUCUGCAAUUCAAUCUUGUACAAAUAAAGUUGAAUAACCAAUCAAAACGUAAUAAUAAAUUAUACAAAGAAAGUGACUAAUCUUUCCGCUUUUUCACCCGGUAUUUGAUACCUGCAUAUUGAAGCGUGACUAGGUUCGUAUUUGUGUUGAAAAGCUUCAUAUUGGGAGUAAAGUGCUUUUUAUUAAAGGCGACUUCAUAUUCGGGGUUUAUACUUGAUGCCAUAUUAAAUGAGUCAGGAUUCUUGUUACUAUAUGUAUAUUGUGUAUAACUUGUGGCCAUCUACAUGCCUCACCAAGUUAUGUUAUAUUAUAUUAUAUGUUAUCUAUAA